AUGGCUCCAGUCUACGCCGACCACCCUUUCAACCUCAUCCACACUCCCAUCUACGGGCUACCAAAAGAUGCCAAGCCCGACUUCUUCGACAGUCUCGCCAGCGAGAUGGCUCUCGUGCACAACCUCGUCAUCCGCGGCCUCAACGCCAUCGUAUUGCAGGCCCCCACAUCAAGCCCGAGGAUGAGAUUGCGUUCUGCCACUUCAUAUCGUACUGGUGUGAGUUCCUCGGCACUCACCACCGCGGCGAGGAAAGCACUUCUUCCCCGGAAUCGAAAAGUUGACGGGGAAAAGGGCAUCAUGGACACCAACAUUGGUCAGCACGACAUGUUCCACGCCGAGCUGGACGGCUUCGAGGAGUACGUCAAGGGGUGCAUCGCGGGCAAGACCAAGUUUGAUCGGAACGAGGUUGUUUCUCGGCUCGAUGGCUUCGCGCAGACCUUGGUAACGCACCUCAACGAGGAGAUUCCCUCGCUGCUUGACUUGAGGAAAUUCGGCGUGGAGAAGAUGGCUCCUCUGACCAAGAUCAUUGAGGAAGAAGUGAAAGAAGGCAUGGGCUCCAUGACUUUUACUGGCGGCAUGUCCUGGUUCCUUAGCGUCAUCAUGUUUCUCUGCCGGCACCUCACGUUUGGCGUCCACGCCGACUGGUGGAAGUUCGGUCCUUGCGAUAAGUGGGGAAGGAUGCAGCCGUUGUACGCAGUCCCCGAGGAAGAGACCAAGUAA